AUGAAGUGGCUAGUCUUCUUUAUACUUCUCGCUCAGACAAAGGAGGUUUUACCGUGCAUUUUUGACAAGGUGGAUAAACUUCCUGGCAUCGACAGUAGUGUGUACCCGUUUAGAGGGGACGAGAAUGAAUGUUUCGCUACGUGCUAUAAAACCAAGAACUGCGCCGCUAUUUCGUAUGCGAAGAGCUCACAGUUGUGCAUAGUGUAUCCUGCUGGACAAAGCACAUUGAACUGCCCUAGCGGCAACUGCUACUUUCUUCAUCGCGAUGAUGUGGAUCCUACAUUACGCCAGUCUUCCAUUACUUUUUCACGGCUGGAGGUUAUCGCAGUGUUUGGCGAUUACGCCAUCAUGUUUCAUCCACUGACUGUCUUGAAGAACGCUACCGAUUUAGCAGCCGUAAUCGGCAGCUUAUUUUCGAAGGAUUGGGAUUCUCAAAAGGCACGUGGCAAAAUGUCAGGCAUAAGGAAGAGGAAAAAUGGCGUAUCCAGCUCCGCUCUCAAGUGGCGGUUGUCAUCACUGAAAGCACCACCUAGAUCCUGUUCUCUCUUUGAUUCUUCAUGCAGUUCACACUCUAACAGCACAGAAGAGAUUGAUGACGUCAGCACAAGUUCUAUCACUGGGGACACGUAUACAGUAGCCAACGACAGCGAUGAAUAUGUCUGCGUUAAUACAAACGACGACACUUCGUCUCUUCGCACGUUACAAACUAACAAAGUUGAAAUGUCGUGUUCUGGGAUUGCUUGUUUCGAAGAAGUGGAAAAUUGCAAGGGUUUGCUAGAAAAAUUGAAUAUGAAUGACUUGGCAACGACGACUCGAGGAUUAUCCGAUUUGGAUGGCGCGGGAUUUGAAGGGAGGAGAUCCGAGUCAGCGGUUUCCAACUCACGCGUUAUUGAGAUCACAGAAAGCGAUUUCAGUGAUUGCGAAACUUCUACAGAGAGCAUGCGUCUACGACGUCGCGACUCCUCCAGGAAUGAUGCGGUUGAGGCCGGGUUUGAACCAUCUCCCGCUGUGCCACGAUGCCACUCAACGCAUUCGCUUGCUUUCGCCAACUCGCAGUUCCAGGCAAGCGAUUUGAAUGUCUCGAGUGUCUCAAAUAAUCGACACGUGGAGAGGGAAUUCGAGAUGCCUCCAACUGCUGUUGUGGGUCCUCGUCAGUGCAUCCGCUCAGCUCGUGUCACAGCUGAACAGCACGGACUGAAUCGACACCUGACAGAGAACGACAUGGAACAGUACAGGCGUAGUCUUCAGCAAUUAAAUGCAUCGACACUUUAUAACUUGUCAUCGAUCUCAUACAGUGAUUCGCCUCUUGGCGGUGGCAUGGACCGUGGCUAUGGUCGUGAGCGAUGCGAUACUCCACCAAAUCAACGACGCAGUGUACAGAAUGGGAACAGCAGCCGCCAUCAGCAAGUAUUUUUCGACGGUGCAGCGAUGACCAGUACUCCGAUAAACAAGUUGCAAACUCCUCCAAGUCUAAGUCAAUACGCUUUCACGAGCUGUCGUAUUCGAAAGCGAGAAUCGCGGAAACCGAUCGCCAAUGAUGAACAUAAAGUAAAAGAGCAUUUUGGUGGAUCCAGCUCAGGAUCGGUAACGAUCCGUGAACAGCCAAUAGGCAGUAUUGCCGGUGCUGUAAGCAGACAAUCGUCAAACAAGAGGCCGGAGGUCGCAGUCGCACCUCAACCUCAAGCACAGAGAUCAAGACAUCGCUAUCACAGAGAAUCUGACGCUGACAGAAAUCAGCAGUUUGCUUCUACAGUUGAACGAAGAAGUAGCAGCUCUGGUUUGGUCUUACCGGCUUAUCAAGCAUACUUCCAUAAUGGUGGUGAAGAACGACUUGUGGAUGGUCCCCCUCCCUCACCGAAGGAGUCAAGGGUCUCCCAGUUGGAGCAACGAGUACGAGAACUGGAAGCGAUGAUGGUCGGCCAAGCGCCAAACAACACCGCCGUCGUUAUACCGGUGACACCGACGCAACAGUCAAAACAUGGUCACAAUCGCCAAUCACUCGUUCCGCCGCCCACUCAGCUUAUCAUCUCCAAUUCGUCACCUUCUACCUCCGUCACCCAACAACUCAUGGCGAAAGAAGUUGUUAGCAAAGAAGUUGAAAUUGAGCGACUCCAGGCUAAACUGAGAAAGGCGUACUCUCAAAUGGAACGCCAGCAAGCGGACUAUGACGAAGAAGUGCGGAAAUUCAAGAAAGACUCGGAGCAAGCGAAGGAGGAACUGGUCCGCGUUGUAAACAAACUGAACGAUCUCGAAGCCGAAUCGGCUAAGUAUCAGGAAAAAGCUAAGUCGCUUGACAGCGGGCAACUGAAUGCAAUUGCUGAGAUGCAGGAGAAGCUUAGGACUCAAGAGAAGGAGUUAACGCGGUUGCGAAGCGAAGUAAAUGAAAAAGAGAAACUUGAAAAGAGCUAUGACGAAAUGAAGAAAGAACUUGACUAUUUGGAACUACAAAACGACACCCUUAGCCAGACAUUGGAUUCCAAGGAAAAUACUGUAAAAGAACUGGAAAGGCACAUUGCGUCUAUGCGAAUGGAAGCCACACUCUAUCAGCAAUCGUGUUCAUCAGGGUCCACGCCAUUAGCAGAUGAAACAGAAUCUCUUGCAGAUAUUCGACCACCAUUUACUCCGGCCCGACCCUACACUAAGGCACAUUCUACCUUGGGUGCCAAUUUGAGUCCAACACCUCGGCCGAAAAGUGGAGGAGGUUUAACAAAAAGUCUCUCAAAUUAUGCGAUCGAUGCAAAUUGCAAUCGUAGAGACGAUGUAUCUGCUGCUAUGAGCAGGAGCUUGAGAUCUAUACAAAAGAAGUUGGUAGACAGUCGCUUGCUUGUCAAGUGUCUCAAAGAGACAGUGGAAAGACUGGCACGAGGCGAAAAUCCGGACAUAAGCCGUUUGCUGGGAAUUAAGACGGAUUCGAUGUCCGAAAGUGAAGCCGAACAAGUCGCUUUUGACUCGACGGCGAUGACCAUGGGAGUCGCAGAAAAGAUGAUGCGACGACAAGAAGAAAGCAUGGCAAAGCUGGAGCAGGACUUGGACGCGAUUCGCUACCUGGUGCAGGACUGCUACCAAGCCAAAGUGGGCGACACUCUCAACGGCCGCGACGAUGCCUGCCGCAUUCAGUAGAGCGGCGUCCUGGUCUCCUCCGAAUCUCCUCCUCAAGUGUAAUGUUUGUUGCGAUCAUGUACAGUGUUCAUGUUUUGUUUACUUCCUUGUCAAAUACGAGUGGGUGUUGCGUUACUUACUGCCUUAGCUCGAGUUGCGUCGGUUUGUGUUCCUCAUCGUUUACUGCUAAUUCAGUGGCGGCGCCUUGCUAACACUGAUAAUUCGAG